AGUUAUUUAUCCAAUACAUUUUCUUUUAGUUGUCUAUUUCUGAUAGAAACCUGUUCUUAUUUGAGCUUAGUAUAUUGCAGAAGAUAUAUGAUACCCGUAUCCUGCACUUGCGUGAGAACAGUGCAGCGUGUGUUGAUCAUUCCAGCCGUUUGCAGCCAGCAAACAAGUCAGACGGGUGUAAAUAAAAAAACAAAGCCAGUUGUGAGUCAGAACAAGAGAGCAAGAGGAAAGACUCGCAGCAGAAACGUCUUGUCGGUCUGCAUAAUUUCUUUAAAUACAGAUUUCGACUUUCGACAGCAUGAACGUGUUAAACACAACAAGGAUUGUCCUCCUAGGGAAAACUGGAGUUGGAAAGAGCAGCCUGGCUAACAACAUAUUUGGAGAGGCCAAAUUCCAAAUACACCAUUUCAAUGACUUCACGAUGCAUUGUUCUCUGGCAGAGACUGCAUCAGUCAAUGGAAGAAGCCUCACUUUGAUCGACACUCCUGGUUUCUUUGACCCGGGCAGGUCUGAGGAGGACAUGAAGCCCGAGUUCUUGAGGUGUAUCACAGAGUGCUCACCUGGUCCUCACGCUUUUCUCAUCGUGCUGAAGGUGGAGAAAUUCACUGAGCAGGAGCAGGCUGUCAUCACACAAAUGUGUGAAUAUUUCUCUGAGAAUGCUCUGAGAUAUGCUGUGGUUGUCUUCACUCAUGGUGACCAGCUCCCUGAAGGGCAGAAGAUUGAGGAGUUUGUCAGUCACAGUGAGGGCCUGAGUGAUCUGGUGAAGCAGUGUGGAGGUCGCUGCCACGUCGUGGAUAAUAAAUACUGGAAGAACAACCAACAGGGUGAAUACAGGAGCAACCAGUUCCAGGUGGCAGAGCUGCUCAAGACAAUAGAGAAGAUGACUGAGGCAAAUGAAGGAAGGUACUAUACUAAUGAGAUGCUACAGAAAUGUGAGAAACAAAUACAAGAAGAGGAAGAUCGCAUAAAGCAGUCGUCUCCAAACAUGUCACAGGAAGCAAUCAGAGAGCAGGCUAAAAGAAACGUCUUUAAGAAGCAGGUGGACAAAGCACCUCGGACAUGGAUUAGAGGCUUAGUCAUAGUUGGGUUACUUACGGCUGUCUUAGCUGUGCUGAUUAAUUUAAAAUGUGCAAAGCUACCUAAAGAAGUACAAAAUGACAAAGGACCAAUAGCUAAAGCAGUGGAAGUGGCAGCUGAAGGUACAGUGGAGCGAGCCAGUACAGUAGAACAGGUAGCAGAGGUGUUGAUCACACCAGUGAAAGUCGUACUGAAGACAUCUGAAGCUGUAAUUAACAAACUCAAUGCUUUGUCUGAAAGAAUGUACAAUCUGUUUGAAUGAACCCUGAGAAGAAAGAGAUUUAAAAGCAACCCAGCAGACUUCGUGAGGGAUGCUGACAUAUAAAUUCUCUCAUGUGAAACCACUUAUAAACUUAAAACUAAACUUAAAACUGUUUUCCUGCCAAGUGUAGAGUUAACCUCUGUGAUUUUUAGUGCUGAAUCAACAAAAAGUAAACUUUGAGUUUCUGAAGUAUAAUUAGAAGUUUGAGGUGUCCAGCUGUUUUGGAACUGGACUCCCAUGACAGACUAAAAGUCAGCUCUAUGGAGGUGAAAUACUAAAUUGCUGGUGUUCCUUUAACGGUGAUUGUUUUCUAUUUCUCUUAAUGUGUCACUUUGUUAUGAAUGAACGGCACAAUAAAACAGCUGCUUGCUCACA